CAAGGAGGGCGCGGAGCGCGCGUUCCUGUGCAGCCGGGAGCGCCUGUGCGAAGCCUCGCCCUUCUUCCGCGCCGCGCUCGCGCCUGAGUCGGCGUGGCGCGAGUUCUCCGCGGGCUGCGUGCGCUUCCGCGGCGGCAGCAGCGGCGAGGCCGAGCGCUGGGCGGCGGUGCUGCGCGAGGUCCACUCGGGACGGUCGGGUGGCAAGGGGGAUGUGGGGCCUGAGCGGUGGCACGGCUCGGGGCAGAUGGAGGACAUCCACCGCGCCGUGAACCUGCUGUCGUUCGUGAGGCAGUACUUGUUCGACGACCUGGAGGGUGACGUUCUGCGCCGGCUCCAGUCCGAUCUCCGCCUCGUAGAGCAGCUGGCGUCGCUCUGCGAGGGGGAGCUCCUCGACCUGCUCUCCGAGCUCGCUCUGCAGGAGGUCCUCCCUGCGCUGCUUGGGCCCUGGUGCGAGGCAGGCGGCCGCGCGGUGGCGAGGCCUGUCGCAGCGAUGCUCAGGACUGGCGGGCGACUGUCCAGAGCGGUGUGCUCGUGCAAGGAGGCCCUCGCCUUCGUGUCCACGCCGCACUUCCUGGACGCCGGGGAGGAGGUGCUCGGGGGCGCCCUGGCCAGCCUGGCGGACGCUGGCCACCUCGACGCUCUGGCCGGCUGCAAGCACUGGGGGUGGCUCCGGGGCCCCGCGGAUGUGAUGCGCAUGCUGGACGACGAGGCCCUGUUCCCGCUGACGCAGCUGAAGGCCGUGCGCGCGGAGCUGCAGCACGCCCGGUUCCGCGACUGGAGGCUCGCGGGCGCGCUGGAGCCCUUCCCGCAGCUCCUCGACCACCUGCUCGGCGCGUGGUUCCCGCCGGGCCGCUCCCCCGCAGCGCCUCCCGCGGAGCUUGCGGCCUGGGCGGCGCACCCGCGCUUCCUGCGCCGGGGGCUGCUGCACACGCAGCUCGCCGUGGCCAGCGCGAGGCACGUCGGCGCGUUCGCCCGCGCCGCGCCGCUGGGAGACCCGGCGGUGGCUGGCGCGGUGCGGGCACGGCUCGCCGAGCUCGUGGAGGGCGCCUGGCGCGAGCGGCGCCAGUGGUCCGAGGCCAUCUCCCCGCUUCUCGUGGACGCCCGCCUGCUUCGCCGCCUCGUCAGCGCGGAGGUGCUGAGCCUUCGAGCGCUGCUGCGCGCGCUCGCCGCCGCCGUCGUGCCGGGAGCUCUCUGGCCCCUGCGGGCUUGCGAGUCCGUCUGGGGCGCGCUCGUCGCGGCCUGGAGGGGCGCGAAGGCCGAGGCCGUCGCGAGGUUGGCUGUGCGGCUGUGGAGGCGGCCGAGGAAGAGCGCGCGGCGGCUGCUCGCGUCGGCGGUGUUCGGCGCCAGGAGUGCUGGCGCCUCCACUGCGCGGGCCCUCGCUGUGGAGGCCCGCGGCAUGUGGACGGCGAUGCUCUGCGUGCGAGCCACGCUCGUCGUCUGCUUGUCGGCCUGCCGGCACCAGGCGCCGGCUAGACCUCCCCUCGAGAACCGGUGAGCGGGCUCCCUCGCCGCGGUACAGUGAGCCCGCAUAGGAAGGAUGGGCAGUUGUCCUAAGGGUACCCUUGCAUCCUUGCCUCCUCGGUCC